ACAUACAACGUGUGUUAUGUUAAGGGCUUAAGGCUAAGCAGAUCCCGACUCGCAGACGACACCUCUUCUCUUUUCUUUUCGUUUCUUCCUCGGAUUGAUCACCUUUCGUUCACAUUCAUAUUCGGAAGUACUUGAAUCCUGGAUCUCAGAGACCCUCGUCUCCUCUCUGCUUGGUCAGUCUCUAAAUUAGCUCAGCUAGAGACACCUAGUCCAAUCAGUCAACACUCUCCUCCUCAUCCACCUCUCACUCUCUACUAGAAACGAGAGAGAGAAAGCCUCAAACUUGCAAUCUCCAAAUCCAGAAACAGAAAAGGAGUUGAAAAAUAUGGUGAGGGCGUCAGUAUUGAUAUACAUCACAGUAGCACUCCUAGUGCUGCUGCUCAUCUCCCAGUCCCCCAAGAAAUCCGGCAACCACCACCGCCACCGCCGCCUCAAGCUCCGCUCCAACUUCACAUUCGCUCAUUCCCGCAACCCCAUCCCCUUCGACCCUCUUGUCGCCGACAUCGAGCGCCGCCGCGAGGACCGCAAGUGGGAGAAGGAGCACCUGGAUCUCGACUCCGCCCCCGCCGCCGAGUCCCAGCCCGAGUGGGAGGAUUUCAUGGACGCCGAGGACUACUUGAACGACGAGGACAAGUUCAACGUCACCAACAGGCUGGUGUUGCUGUUCCCCAAGGUCGAUGUCGAACCUGUCGAUGGGUUUAUCACCGAGCACGAGUUGACUCUCUGGAACUUGAACCAGGCCCAGCGGGAAGUUCUGCACAGGACUCAAAGGGAUAUGGAGCUUCAUGAUAAGAAUGGCGACGGCUUUGUUUCCUUUCAAGAGUACCAACCCCCUAGCUGGGUUCAGAAUGCAGAUAACAAUUCAUUUGGCUAUGAUAUGGGGUGGUGGAAAGAGGAGCACUUUAAUGCAUCAGAUGCAGAUGGAGAUGGUCUUCUUAAUCUCACUGAGUUCAAUGACUUCCUACACCCAGCUGACAGCAAAAACCCAAAGCUACUUCAGUGGUUGUGCAAGGAGGAAGUAAGAGAGAGGGAUACAGACAAAGAUGGAAAGGUUAACUUCAAAGAAUUCUUUCAUGGCCUCUUUGAUUUGGUGAGGAACUAUGAUGAAGAAGAUCACAAUGCCACACAUCAGUCUGAUGAUUUGAUGGAGGCCCCAGCUAAAACUUUGUUUGCACAGCUUGACAAAGAUGGUGACGGAUACUUGUCAGAUGCUGAGUUACUUCCCAUUAUUGGAAAAAUACAUCCAUCAGAACAUUACUAUGCGAAACAACAAGCAGAUUACAUCAUAUCACAGGCAGAUACGGAUAAAGAUGGACGCUUGUCACUGAGCGAGAUGAUAGAGAACCCAUAUGUAUUUUACAGCGCUAUUUUCAAUGAUGAAGACGAUGAGGAUUAUGGGUUCCAUGACGAGUUCCGUUAAUAUCAAACCACCAUGACUGCCUCUUGUGCCUUGAUUCUUUUAGUUACAUAUUUCCAGGCUAUCUAAUUACUGCCACAAGUGGGAUAUGAUUCAAAAUGUUUGUUUUGGUUUCGAUUUUUUUUGUUUCUUUCCUAGAUAUAUGUAUAUGGAUUAUGGAAUGAAUUAGAACGAAAGAAGAUGUUGAUAUUUGAUACUCUAGCAACACCAACUGGGUUUGGUGGGAUUCC